AUGUCGAAGCUCGAUGCCGCUCAGCUCUUCUCCGUCAAGGGACUAGUUGCCGUGGUCACAGGUGCUGGCUCGGGUUUGGGCGCAUUCAUGGCCCACGCUCUCGACGUCAACGGCGCGGCCAAGGUCUUCAUUCUUGGUCGUCGAGAGUCCAAGCUCAACUUACAAACGUGCAAGAAAAAUGGAUCUCUCAUCCCGGUACCGUGCGAUAUAAGCUCCAAGGAGUCCUUGCAGGCUGCGGUGGCGUCCAUCCAAGAACAGACGCCGUUUGUCAAUCUUCUCGUCGCCAACUCGGCCUUACUUGGCGAGGUCACCAACCUUGGUCCCAGACCAGCGGAGCAGACUCUUGGUGAACUACAGAAGGAGCUGUGGGACAAGACGAGCUAUGAAGACGCAAGCCAGGUUCUCACCACUAAUAUAGCAGGGUCCUACUUUACGUUUCUCGCCUUCUUGGGUCUGCUAGGAGCUGGUAAUACCCAUCCCGACAGCGUGGGCAAGAAUGGGCUGCUACAGAGCCAGGUUAUUAGUACCACCAGUUUGGGUGGUUUCCGUCGAGCUGAAAGUCCUAGCUAUGUCUAUAACGCUAGCAAGGCUGCCUUGACUCACUUGACGAAGAGUUUGACACCAGAGUAUGCCAAACACGGCAUCCGGGCUAACGCUAUUUCGCCUGGUUUCUUCGUCACAGAGAUGACCGAGGAAUACGCCCCAGAGGAAGAUGUCACCGCCGCGGGCUCCAGACCGUGGCACGAAACUCCCGCUACGCGAUGGGGCACAGAAGAGGAUAUGGCUGGUGCAGUGCUCUACUUGGCGUCGAGAGCGGGUGCAUUUGUCAACGGAGGUAUCUUGCAUGUGGAUGGCGGGGCCCUCUCCAUGUCCCCGAGUUCCUACUAG